UGGUCUGGGUUUCAAAAUACAACGUCCCCCCAUCGCCAGCUCCUCUGAGAACUCUCCAUUUCCUUGAGGAAGAAGAAGAAGAAAAAAAGGGAUACUAUCAAGGCGCAAUUUUUCUUCGAAAUACCACUCUACAAGUGCCUAGGAGGAGGGGGAACAAGAGGAAAGAGUGAUGCUUGGCAUUUCUUAUGGGGAGCUGUUUCUCAUAAUUGGAGCUACUGCUGCUCUAAUUGGCCCAAAGGAUUUGCCAAUAAUUGCAAGAACCGCGGGGAGGUUAGCUGGAAGGGCAAUUGGAUAUGUCCAAGUGGCCCGUGGCCAAUUCGAUAGUGUUAUGCAGCAAUCUCAGGCUCGUCAGGUGCAUAAAGAACUACAAGACACUAUUUCCCAACUUGAAGCUAUUCGUCAUGAGAUUCGAACUAUAUCUUUUAUGAAUCCUGGUCCAUUAACUCGGAGCCUUGUGGACAAUGCUGUGAAUACAUCUCCUACAAGUGAUGAAACUGGGCUGGGAAAACCAGGUAAAGAGAGCAUUUCAGCAAUCCCCACUGCUAAGGGUUAUGCUUCACGGACCUCUGCCUCAUCUGACAUGCACAGCCAAGCUACUGCUUAUGCAAAGUUGGCUGAAUCUAAGUCAUUGAACCCUGCUUCUGUGAAUAAUGAAGUUCUGAAUGAGCUAACGGAUGAAUCUGGUCUUACCAUCCUACCAGUAUCAGCUGAAAGUGCAGGAUUGUUGGCAAGUAAAAAAGAUACGGUGAUGGGAUCUGACAUAGUUUUGGAAGCAGUCUUGGAGGCAGAGGUGGCUCGUAAUGCAAAAGACUUCUUUUCACAACCUCAAAAUCUAGAAAAACUUGAAUGAGAAGGCUGUUUGACAGGCUUAGCAUAUCCCAGAUUUGAACAAAUUUUUGUACGACAAUCCAGCCAGCAAGCUAGCUAAGAGGAUUAAACUCGGUAUUAGUUGCAACUAACCACAUCAACCUUAUGUUCUGUCAAAGAGAAGCUGCCUGCAGUAAAACGGGUUUUGAGAAUCUCUGUUGUGCUGUUCUACCUUCGCCUCUCGUAAAUACAUGAAGCAUCAUUUCAAAAAGGAAUGUAUGAUGGUCUAUGCAUUGUACUGGCACCUUACUAUUAGAUUGUGAAUGUCAGAGAUGCCCUAUGGUGCACUCUUACUUUUACCUGAUGAAUGUAUCCGGCUAAAAGCUGUUUUUCCCUCUUUCUCUGCUAGAUUUUGUUGUCUCUACUCUCCACCAUUCAGGCUGUUCAGUUCACUGUGUAUGUAUGUAUCUAAUCAUGGUGAGCUUUGUGCUUUUUUGUUUCGUAAUUGCAGAUUAAGAUGAUUUCUAUGUCAAUGUUCACUUGAUACUUUCUUA